AUGACGAGGACGACACACGCUGUUGAUCUGUAUGAGGUCCUGUCUCUGCCGUUUAUGGGGUCUUCGUCAACAGUCCUCUCCAAGCAGCAGAUCAAGAUCGCAUACCAUAAAGCAUUGCUAAAGCACCACCCUGACAAGGCGGGGGCUGUAGCAAGGGAUACCGGGCUAGGCGGUUCGACUAAUCCCACAUCCACGUCUACUCCGAACCCUCUCUUUUCAAAGUCUGAUGGCAACCCGUCCCAACAACUGUAUACCAUCGACCAGAUCACCACCGCCUACAAGACCCUAUCGGACCCCGCCCUCCGCGCCGAAUAUGAUCGCUCUCUGCGUCUGGACAGGCUAAAGGUCGCGGAACGGGAAAAUACUGGCGAUGUGUUCCAUACUGGCUUGGAGAUUGUGGAUUUGGAGGAUCUUGCUUGCGAGGAGGCGGAAGACGGCGACUGCUGGUACCGCGGAUGUCGCUGCGGUGAUGAUCGUGGGUUUUUGGUCAACGAGGAGGAUUUGGAGAGGGAGGCUGAGCAUGGCGAGAUCAUUAUCGGGUGUCGCGGGUGCAGUCUCUGGUUGAAGAUUAUGUUCGCCGUUGAGGCAGAUGAAGGAUGA